CGGAUGUUCCCCAUACAGCCUUUAUUCUAUAUUUAGUCUUGCUUGUUCGGCUCUAACUAAUUCCGAGUCUAUGUGCACUUCUCAAAAAACAAGUCGAGCGGAAGUGUUCAACUUUACAUCGUCGAGUUUCACAGCUUUAUUUUCAGCAACAGACCAUGGCAUAUCCCAAGAACGUAGGCAUUAAGGCCAUUGAGAUCUAUGUCCCUAGCCAGACGUUAGAUCAGUCCCAGUUUGAGGCUCACCAAGGUGUAUCCACUGGUAAAUAUACCAUUGGUCUUGGUUUAAAGUCCAUGAACUUCUGCAACGACCGGGAAGAUGUCUGUUCUCUCGCCCUGACCGCUGUCUCGUCCCUCCUCCGCAAGUACUCGAUAGACCCACAGUCCAUUGGGCGUCUCGAAGUUGGUACAGAAUCACCCAUUGAUAAGGCCAAAUCAGUCAAGUCCGUUCUUACCCAACUGUUCGGUGACAACCACUCCUUAGAAGGUGCCGACACAGUUAAUGCGUGCUACGGUGGUACCAACGCUUUGUUCAACGCCAUUAACUGGGUCGAAUCUCGCUCAUGGGAUGGCCGAGAUGCCAUUGUCGUUGCUUGCGACAUUGCCAUUUACAAGGACGUGGCUGCAAAACCCACUGGUGGUGCUGGAUCAGUUGCGAUUCUUGUUGGCCCCGAUGCACCGAUCGUAUAUGUCCCUGCCCUCCGUGGUACAUACAUGGCUCAUGCAUACGACUUCUACAAGCCCGACAUGAAGUCUGAAUACCCGUUAGUAGACGGUCAUCUUUCUAUUUCCUGCUAUCUCUCAGCUCUUGAUGGCUGCUACAAGCAACUGCGCAAUAACGCCGGCCGCCUCGCUAUAGACUCCAAGCUGAAGGAGUGCAACCUAGACGCCGUUGCGGUCUUGAAUCGGGAACGCCAAAGCCUAAUCGAUGUCUUCGAUUUCAUGGCCUUCCAUACGCCUAACUGCAAACUCGUCAGCAAAUCUUAUGGCCGACUGCUGUACAAUGAUUUUCUUAGCAACAAUGCUGACGUAACAUUCAAAAGCGUCCCCAAAUCACUCCAAGACCUAUCUCACGAAGAGUCACUAAAGUCUAAGGAUCUUGAGAGAGAGUUUCUUAGCCUUACCAAGGAUCGUUUCACCUCGCGCAUCGAGCCAUGCAUCAAAGAUCCUAGCCGCUGCGGAAAUAUGUACACUGCCAGCCUAUACUGCUCACUUAUCAGCGUUCUGUCGCACGUCGGGUCUGACAAGCUACAGAACAAGACGAUUGGCAUGUUUAGCUACGGUAGUGGGAUUGCCAGUACGCUGUUCACGCUGAAGGUAGUAGGUGAUGUGAGCAGUAUUGUUGGGAAGAUUGAUUUCGCGAGGAGAUUGGAGGCAAGACACGUCGCCAACCCGCAGGAAUAUGACGAAGCUUGCAAGUUGCGCGAAGCAGCAUACGGCCAGAAGAACUACACGCCGACCGGUGACUUGGAUAGUAUUGGCGAAGGAGUGUACUAUCUAGAGCAUAUUGACGACCAAUUCCGACGAACAUAUGCCGUUAAGGGGGCGAAUACGAAUGGCGUCAACGGUGUACACUAAUGAUGAUACACAUCUCAAAAGACUUCAACAUAUCACCCUGGCACUCCAUCGCAUUCAUAGAAUAGCACUCAUAUAAAUCGCUAGAGAUUACAUUUACUGCUCUUUCUCUUACCCGCACCAUUAAGUCUUAUCUUCCC